ACUCUCAGUCAUUUCCUCGGUGUGGACUGAAACGAGCACACGCGGUCCCCUGACACAGUUCACAGUGGCGGAGGAGCUGUGGCUGGAUGUCAGAGGACUACAGGGAAAUACUGCAAUAAUCCCUAAAUGUGAUGAAAAAAUAGGACUUUAAAAGAAAUCUCCAGGAUAAUCUGACGCACAGAAAGAGAAACCUUUUUUGUUUUGGAAUUUGGAAUUAAUAUCUUAUUUUUGUCCAUAAGGUGUAUAAGUGAAAGAUGUUGCAACAUUGCACCCUCCUGCUGUUGCUAUGCGUGGCUCGGCUGCUCUCCACCUCCUCGGCCCUGCCCUUCGAGCAGAGAGGCUUCUGGGAUUUUGCCAUGGACAGCAUGGACAGUGGCGGGAUGAUGACAAUGAUGAGGGAUGAGGAAGAAGGCUCGGCUGUAGAGGAGAUCCUCCCCCCCGACACACCUGUGUGCCCCUUCGGCUGCCACUGUCAUUUCAGGGUCGUCCAGUGUUCUGACCUUGGUCUGACCGAGGUGCCAAAGAAUAUUCCUCUGGACACCAAGUUCUUGGACCUGCAGAACAACCGUAUCACCGAGCUGAAAGAGAAUGACUUCAAAGGCCUUACUAACUUAUAUGGUUUGUCUCUGAGGAAUAACCUUAUUUCCAAAGUCCACCCCAAAACAUUUGUGCCUCUGAAGCACAUGCAGAAGCUCUACUUCUCCAAGAAUCUGCUGACUACUAUCCCCAAGAACUUGCCCGCCUCUCUGGUUGAGAUAAGGAUCCACGAGAACCGCAUCAAAAAGGUGGAAGCUGGAGCCUUCUCAGGACUGGGCAAUAUGAACUGCAUAGAAAUGGGAGCAAAUCCCAUCCACAACAGCGGUUUUGAGCCUGGAGCCUUCAAGGGACUGAAACUGAAUUAUCUGCGUAUAUCAGAGUCCAAACUGACUGGGGUGCCAAAAGAACUACCAGAUAGUCUCCAUGAGCUUCAUCUGGACCACAACCAGAUCCAGGCUGUGGAACUGGAGGACCUGAAACGCUACAAAAACCUGUACAGGUUGGGCCUUAGCUUUAACCAUAUCCGUAACAUCGAGAACGGCAGUCUGUCCUUCCUCCCCAGGCUGAGAGAGCUGCAUCUGGACAACAACCGCCUCACUCGUGUCCCCAAAGGCCUCCCAGAAAUGAAAUACCUACAGGUGGUGUACCUCCAUUCCAACAACAUCGACCAGGUGGGCACGGAUGACUUCUGCCCUCGAGGAUUUGGGAUGAAGAGGACAUUCUAUAAUGGCAUCAGCUUGUUUUCUAACCCUGUCAACUACUGGGAGGUGCAGCCUGCAACGUUCCGCUGUGUCAGCGACCGGCUGGCCAUUCAGUUUGGCAACUACAAAAAGUAAAGACAGGAGGAUACAGAGAGAUGGAGAGAGUGAGGGGAAGGUGAUGGCGGAGGAGCAGAUAAUUUAAAUAAUGAAAAAAACUUGAGAGAUGGAGGAAAGGGAGUUCAUAUUUGAGAUUAUUAUCUUUAUUAUUGUUUUGUAGAGAGGAUAAGUUAUGGAGAGGAUGGGCAAUAAACUGAUGAAAUAGAAAGAGAAGUGAAGUUUUCCCCAAGCCUAAAUCGAUGAAAAAUGAAAACUUGUGAAGCAUUUUUCAUUCCAUAUUUUUUACACAAUAGUGCUUAUUGUGAAAGAAGUCUUUUUUUAUUAAUAUUUUGGUUAGGAUUACAAGUAAAAUAUAGAAAGUCUUUUUUUAUUAAUAUUUUGGUUAGGAUUACAAGUAAAAUAUAGAAAAGCAAUACAUUAUAGAUUUUUUUAUAUAUACACAAAAAGAGGUUCUGUACGACUUUCUGUGUGAGCUGAUUUGGGAGAUAAACAACAAAUAGACAACGCAUUGUCUCUGUUUCACUGGUUUGAAGCCAUUUGGCCUCAACUCUGUGAUUAUAUUAGUAUACUAACUAACUAAUCACAGAUUUUGGGCUGUUCUCCACCAUUUACAAAGACAAAAACAACUACACAAAAUGUAGAAACUAUUAUUCACCUUUACCAGUUAAAAUUUUUUUUUGUAUAUAUCACACGGAUGUUGACUGAUUAAAAGGGCAAUAAGUACAUUUUAAAAUUCCCCUCAUCAGUGCUAAACAUCUUUUCUCAUUGAUCCGAGGUAACUGAACCACCAGCCUAGCCUGCCUGUGUAACGUGUCUAUUAUGUGCCUUUACUAAACAUCAUGCUCUCUGUAUAAUACUUUAAUGCAGUAUUCCUUGAGGGGACACUAGUGGUAGUGGGUUUUUUUUUUUUGCCCCAUUUAGAGAAAACACACAUCCGCUUUGCUUUGAGACAAUGAAGGCAGUGUGUUCACAUAGUGCUACGAACAAUAGUAGUGUUGAUGCAUUGUUUUGCACAGUUUUUUUUCUGUUAUGCUUUAUCUGCUUCAGGGUUAUUGGAGGGUUAGACGGUUUACAUUGGUAGACCUAUGUGGAACUACUUUAGCCAUUAGUAUUCUGUCCUGUCUCUGUACUAUAAUCUGACAAGCUACUGCUGCAUGUGAAUAAAGACAUUUUAGCCUGCUGCAUAAAGCCAGAGAACAACUGAUGCCCCUGGGUUGGAUGCUGUGUGUAAGAAAUAAAAAAUAGAUAUCAAACGUGGAAAA